CCUCUCAGCCCAGCCAUGGAGGCCAUCAAGAAGAAGAUGCAAAUGCUGAAGCUGGACAAGGAGAACGCCAUCGACCGGGCAGAGCAGGCGGAGUCAGAUAAGAAAGCUGCUGAGGAGAAGUGCAAGCAGGUGGAGGAGGAGCUGACGCACCUCCAGAAGAAACUGAAGGGGACGGAGGACGAGCUGGACAAGUACUCGGAGAACCUGAAAGACGCGCAGGAGAAGCUGGAGCUGACUGAGAAGAAGGCCUCGGACGCUGAAGGGGAUGUGGCAGCUCUCAAUAGACGCAUCCAGCUCGUGGAGGAGGAGUUGGACAGAGCUCAAGAACGACUAGCCACAGCCCUGCAGAAGCUGGAGGAAGCAGAAAAGGCUGCUGAUGAAAGCGAGAGAGGAAUGAAGGUGAUAGAAAACCGGGCCAUGAAAGAUGAGGAGAAGAUGGAGAUCCAAGAGUUGCAGCUCAAAGAGGCCAAGCACAUUGCAGAGGAGGCCGACCGCAAAUACGAGGAGGUAGCUCGUAAGUUGGUCAUCCUGGAGGGUGAGCUGGAGAGGGCGGAGGAGCGUGCCGAGGUGUCUGAAGUAAAAUGUGGUGACCUGGAAGAAGAACUCAAGAAUGUCACUAACAACCUGAAGUCACUGGAGGCUGCCUCUGAAAAGUAUUCUGAAAAGGAGGAUAAAUAUGAAGAAGAAAUUAAACUUCUGUCUGACAAACUGAAAGAGGCUGAGACCCGUGCUGAAUUUGCAGAGCGAACGGUGGCAAAACUGGAAAAGUCAAUUGAUGACCUGGAAGAAAAACUUGCCCAGGCCAAAGAAGAGAACGUGGGCUUACAUCAGACACUGGAUCAGACACUAAAUGAACUUAACUGUAUAUAACCAAAACAGAAGAGUCGUGUUCCAACAGACGUUCCAGACCUCUGUGUCUUUCUCUUCUCUUGUAAGAAGUUUCUUUUGUUACUGUAUCUGCGCUUUGCUGGAAAUGUCAAGCAAAUUAUGAAUAUGUGACCAAAUAUUUUGUAUCAGAGAAGCUUUGAGUACCAGUUAAAUUUAAUUCCUUCCUUUCUUUUCAAAUGGCACCAGCUUUUUCAGCUCUAUUUUUAUCCUUAAAUUGCAUUUAUUCCUAAGGUAGGCAGGGUGUCGACUAUUGAACAUAGUAUCUUAAGACUGAGGGCAUUUGGUUUCUGUGCAGUUAGACAACCGCACACUUUCAAAACACAGACUCCAAUAUCUAGUCACUGGUCAAUUUAAAAGGUUCAAGAAUAGAACCUCUGGGCCACUGUCAGAUACACUAUGGGAGGCCAUCACAUUAAAAUAGGUGAGGGUUUUCCAUCCAGAGCAAGGUGGGGUGCUAUUGUAGGAAACCAUAAACCACAGAUAGGUCAAUCUAAUCAUUCUGGCUCUUUUCCACAUUCUACCAUUCAGAACAAACAUCCUCCGAGUGGUCAGCAUGAGAAUGCUUGGGAAAUAGUCAUAAUAUUUGCUCUGAUAUGAGGCCAUCCACUCAGUAGGAACAAAUAUGGUAGAUUUUAGUCUUGUUCAGGGAAGCCACAGUGAAGACUGCUCGCCAUCAAUAAUUUGAGCAAGAAUGCUUUUCUAUUAAUAAAUAUUGGGCAGAAGGGGCCUCUCUGGCAGCAGAGGUAAAGUAACUGGCCUAACUUCAUUUCUUCUGGACUUCAGGGAAUGAUAAAUUGAAGAUUUACAUAUCUAGGACUUUAAUUCCUUCUUCAGGACCAAGUUAAUAAAAGACCAGGAAACUCCUGAUUAAACUGGAUAUGGAGUAUUUUUGUAGACAAACAGCUGCACAUUUUGGCUUUGUUAGAUUCUUAUUUCUCAGUUAACAUCUCAGAGCUGAAACAUUCCAUAUUCCCCAGCAGUGUGGGGGGCCAACUCAAGUUUACAAUUCUGACUGAAAAUCACCCUGCUUCUAGCUUUAUCCUCCUCUGUCCCUCACUCCUAUUUAUUAUGCAUCACACUACCUAGGAGAUACACUAGCAAAUCGUGCAAUUGAAUAAAACCCACUUUCAUUUAGAUUCUUGCGACUGUAUCAUAUGUAAUAGUUUCACUUUUUCUACAUUUUGGUCAAAUAAAUUUUUACAUAAACUAAAA